AUGAACGGGACAGAGGGGCCGUUUUUCUAUGUGCCCAUGUCCAACGCCACCGGCGUUGUAAAGAGCCCCUACGAAUACCCACAGUACUACCUGGUGGAGCCCUGGGCGUACGCUGCGCUGGCCGCAUACAUGUUCCUCCUCAUCAUCAUUGGCUUUCCCAUCAACUUCCUCACGCUGUAUGUGACCAUCGAGCACAAGAAGCUGCGUACACCCCUGAACUACAUCCUCCUAAACCUGGCCGUCGCCGACUUAUUCAUGAUCUUUGGGGGCUUCACCACUACCAUGUACACGUCCCUGCACGGGUACUUCGUCUUCGGCCGCCUGGGCUGCAACCUGGAAGGGUUCUUUGCCACCUUUGGCGGCAUCAACUCGCUCUGGUGCCUGGCCGUGCUGUCCGUGGAGCGGUGGCUCGUCGUCUGCAAGCCCAUCAGCAACUUCCGUUUCGGCGAGAAUCACGCCAUCAUGGGAGUGGCCUUCACCUGGGUCAUGGCCCUGGCGUGCGUGGUGCCGCCCUUGCUGGGCUGGUCCCGUUACAUCCCCGAGGGCAUGCAGUGCUCGUGCGGCAUCGACUACUACACGCGCGCCGAAGGCUUCAACAACGAGUCCUUCGUCAUCUACAUGUUCAGUGUGCACUUCCUGACGCCCACCUUCACCAUCUGCUUCUGCUACGGCCGCCUGGUCUGCACCGUCAAGGAGGCAGCCGCCCAGCAGCAGGAGUCCGAGACUACCCAGAGGGCCGAGCGGGAGGUCACCCGCAUGGUCAUCGUCAUGUUCGUCGGCUACCUGGUCUGCUGGCUGCCCUAUGCCCAUACGGCCUGGUGGAUCUUCACGCACAAGGGCGCCGAGUUCGGGCCUCUGCUCAUGACCCUGCCGGCCUUCUUUGCCAAGAGCUCCUCCAUCUACAACCCCGUCAUCUACAUUUGCCUGAACAAGCAGUUCCGCCACUGCAUGAUCACCACGCUGUGCUGUGGCAAGAAUCCCUUCGAGGAAGAGGAGGGGGCCUCCACCACUGCUUCCAAGACCGAGGCCUCUUCCGUCUCCUCUGUGUCCCCGGCGUAA